CGUCCCCCCCGCGCGGCCCGGAAGUUCCGCUCCGGGAGGCGGAAGCGGAGGCGGCCCCGGAGCAUGGCGGGGUUCGGGGUGGCGAACGAGCGGCUGCGGGCGCUGGAGGAGCUCGAGAGGGAGAUCGGGGCCUCCCUGCAGAGCGCGGGCUCGGUGAUCCUGGAGCUGUCCAAGGAGAAGCCCACGGAGCGGCACCUGGACCGCCAGGCCGCCCAGUUCGGCGCCGCCGUGGCCAAGGUGGAGGCCGAGCUGUCGGCGCAGAUCCGGUACCUCACCCAGGUGGCCACGGGGCAGCCCCACGAGGGCUCGAGCUACGCGGCCAGGAAGAGCUGCCAGCUGGCCCUGAACCGCCUGGACUACGCCCGGCGGCGCCUGGCAGAGCUGGCCCGCGCCUGCGAGCAGAUGCUGGAGCAGUGACAGCUGGGACAGCUGGGGACAGGAUGGGGACAGCCUGGACACUCUGGAGACAGCCUGGGACAACGCUGGACAACGAGGGACAGCCUGGGGACAGCCUGGGAUAACGAGGGACAACGAGGGGACGUUGUGGGGACCUCCCCAGGGCACCCCCAGAACACCCCCGGCCAUCAGAGACUGUGAAAGGGGACUUUGAUGGGGUGUGACACUCUGGGGACACCUUGGGGACACCUUGGGGACACUCUGGGACAACGUGGGACGCAGUGGGACAGCGUGGGACAACGAGGGGACAUCGUGGGGACACAGCCAGGACGCCCCUGAGGACACCAGGGAAGGGACACCGAAGCCUUCACUGGGGUGUGACAGCCUUGGGGACACCCUGGGGACACCCCAGGGCACCCCAGGGACACCUCUGAGCCUUGGGGACACCCUGGGGACACCCCCAGUGUCACCCCCCCUUUGGGGACACCCCCAGUGUCACCCCCAGCUGCCUUGUCCUGCCUCGGGGACACCCUGGGGACACCCCCAGGGACACCUUGGGCCCCCCCCCAAACCUGGGGACACCAAAAUAAAGGGACACCGCGGUGGCCUUGAGACAUCA